GAAGUACAAACUCCACCCACGUGACUUGCCAACAUGGCUGCCUCCUAGAGGAAAGCAAGGCAGAAUGUCAAAACUAGCUGUGUGUUAUUUAUAAGGUUGUAUUAUUAUUGCUGAGGGUGUUUGUGUAUAAUUUAAGGCUGGGUGUGAUGUUGAGCGCCCCGGUGCGGAGCUCGGCGCUCUCCCUGUGUCUCUCCCCGCCGGGCAGGGCGGCUCUCUCCCUGUCUCUCUCCCCGUCUCUCUCUCCGUCUCUCUCCCUGUCUCUCUCUCCGUCUCUCUCCCCGCCGGAAGGUGGAAUUCUGCACCGCUGUCUGUCUCUGAGCUCCUGCGCGCGCGGGAAAUGUCUUCCUCGGAGAAAGGCCCGGGAUGUUCCUGAGAUCCGGGGACUGGAGCGCAUCACCUACGCCGAGAGGAAGCACUAUGUUCCCGGCUUGGCGAAGCCCGUGUUCCCGGACUGGGAGAAGGACUGGAACGAUCCGGGUCGGUACCGAACUCCUGCAGCCGAGAGCAUGGAGCUGCACAGGGAGAGGCCGUGUUACAUCUACACCCAGAGAACCAACCCGCUGGAAGGUGUGAGACAGGCGUUGUGGCUUACCAAGACUAAACUGGUCCCUGGUUUUCCCGCUCAACUCCUGGCGUUGGCUGAGAAUCCAGCCAAUCAGCUGAAGGAUCAGGACGAGCGAGUGCAGCACGCAAUUAAACACGCCCGCUUCUGGGACACCAAUGAAUCUCGACCUCCUAAAGAGCGAUACUGUCCGUCUCUGUUACACAACCUGCUCCACCUGUGCCGAGGACUGCAGGUCUCUCAUCCGGCGCUCGCUCACAGGAUGCUGGCGGAGAAAUACAGCCUGUCAGCCAGCUGGAGCAGAGGUGAGGAUCAGUUCCAGGUGCGAGGGCAGAACGGCUUCCUGUUAAGCAGCACGACUCCACUUCCUGUCGUGGCUGGAGAUGAGGAGAUCCAGUCUACAUCUGAUCAUGUCCUGGAGACCUUCUAUCCCAUCUCCCCCACCAUCGACCUGCAGUGUGCCCACGUCUACAGGCUCCAAAACCACACCGGUUUCAGAGAAGGUUACCCAUACCCUCAUGCUCACACACUCUUCAUCACGGAGGCUGGAGAUGCACCUAAACUCCAACCUGAGCAGCUGCGAGCUAAACUCAUCAUGUUUGCAUUCGGGAACGCCCUCUCUCGCGCCCGCGCUCUAUACGGGGACGAGUCCAAGGUUCUGGAGAAGCCCAUAGUCGUGCAGAGCGUCGGUACCAAUGGCCGUCUCUUCCAGUUCGUAGUUUUCCAGCUGAACACAACGGACCUGGAGACGGACAGCGGCGUGAAGAACAUGGCGUGGGUCGACGCUGAUCAGCAGCUCUAUGACUUCGCCAAGGUCCGACCUUACAUCAAGAAGAAGGUGGUGAAGGUUCCUGCAGGUUUGUCCGGAUAUCGCUCUGAAACCUUCAAGAAAUUCCUGGCGCUGUAUCUCCACGGAGCCGCAAACUGAAACCGACCACUGUGCUUUUUUUUUUUUCUCUCUUCUCUCCCUCUGUAAGUUUAAUAUUAAUAAAUCGUUUCCAUUUGAUAAUUAGAACAAAGGGUGACGUUAAAGGUCACGGGAUUGUAUCACCAUCAAGCAACAUUUCAUGCAAUUAUAAUCAGAUAAGUGUCAUUUAUUUAUUCUAAAAAUAAAUAUUUGAUCACAGAUCGCUGUGGUGUAAGAGGAAUAAAACACUUGGUUACAGUGACCCAUUAAACCUCGUUACAUCACCGA